GCCCCUCGGCAGCCGGGAGCGGAGCAGCGCGGCGCGCCAUGGCGGAGGCGCCGGGGCCGGGGCCGGGGCCGGGGUGCGGGCCGGGGGGCCUGGGCCGGGCUCUGUGCGUGGUGACGGGGGCGUCGCGCGGGCUGGGGCGCAGCGUGGCGCUGGCGCUGGCCCCGCGGCUGGCGGGCGGCUCGGCGCUGCUGCUGGUGGCGCGCUCGGCGGCGGCGCUGGGGCGGCUGGAGGGCGAGCUGGCGGCCGCCUGCCCGGCGCUGCGCCUGCGGAGCCUGCCCGCCGACCUGGCCUCGGAGGACGGCCUGCGCCGCCUGCUGCGCGCCGCCCGCGCCCUCGCCCCGCCGCCGCCCGCCGCCCGCCUCCAGCGCCUCCUCCUCGUCAACAACGCCGGCUCCCUUGGCGAUAUUUCCAAAGCCUUUGUGGACUUCACCAGCCCGGCGGAAGUCAACAGCUACCUGAUGCUCAACGUCACCUCCGCACUGUGCCUUACCUCCUCCCUGCUGAAGGCCUUCCCCGCGGAGCCGGGCUUGUGCCGAAUGGUGGUGAACAUCUCCUCGCUCUGCGCCCUGAAGCCCUUUAAGAGUUGGACCCUCUACUGCACGGGGAAGGCUGCCCGCGACAUGAUGUUCCGAGUUCUGGCAGCUGAAGAGCCAGACGUCAGAGUGCUCAACUAUGCGCCAGGCCCCCUGGACACUGACAUGCAGGAACUGGCACGCACCAAGUCCGGGGAUCUGGAACUACGUGAGCAGUUCCUCCUCAUGAAGCAAAAGGGGCAACUGCUAGACUGUGACGUGUCGUCCCAGAAGCUGCUGCGCCUCCUUCUGGAGAACACCUUUGAAUCGGGGGCUCAUGUCGACUUCUACGACCCCUGAGCAUCCGGACUCGUGCCCUGCUCCAGGCACCACCUCCGCUCUGGCUGCUGUGAAAGACUCUUUCAGGUGCUGCCCAGAAGUGUUAUCUUCUCUGCCCAUGCCAUGCUGUGAAUGUGUUAUGCAGAGCCUUGUGCCGUGAUGGCGCGGAAGCACAUGGGGGACGUCUCUCUCUCUCUCUCUCUCUCUCUCUCUCCCUCCCUCCCUCCCUCCCUCCCUCCCUCCCACCCCCCACCUCCCGCUGUAUGAAAGGAAGGGGUCUGGCAUAACAGGGAGGGCCCUUUUGUGUCCCCCACAUAUGGGAAGCUGAUGGCUCAGCACAGGGCGCAAAGGCAAGGGGCCCCCUGCCAAGCCAUUCCACGGCAGCUUGGACGGGGCAGAUGCCCAGCACGGAGUGUGUCGGUGGCAGCACUGCUGUUCCCUUCAGGGCAGAAGUUGGCAGUCUGCUGUCGGUUUGGGGAGAGGGAGCAGGUGGGGGGAAUGCUUGUGGUAAUCGUGGCAGGUAGGGCGGGGAGUGGCAGGGCCCGCUCAGUGUGGAGGCAGACGAGGGUGAAGAUGGCGUUCCCCGGAGAAGGCUGGCCUCUUUGGGCGUGAGUCUGAGGCAGGGCCAUUGAGCCUUUGCUCUUUCCAGGGCCAUUUUGGCAGCCAGGGUGGGGGCAUCAGCGGCUGCCAAGAGGUCCACGGGGUGGCCAGGCAUGAGGCAGGCCAGCCUGCAGUGUGCAUGUGUCACCUUUAGGAACAUGGAAGUGGGGCUGAGGGAGGGCAGAGCGCUGAAAGCGAAGGGGGAGGGCAGAGGGCACCGACUUGGCCACCUGCCUCGACUCUGCAGGAGGCUGUUGCUGCCCCCCUUCUCUGCACUUCGGCCUCAUGGCCUGAGCUUCUCUGCCACUCCUUGUGGCCUGGGUGGCCCCUGCAGCUGGGCAGUGUCAUGUCCCUUGCAUGUGCUCUCUUUGCGCUGUGCGCUCACACACACACACACACACACAAAGGCAGCCUGACUUGUUUGUUCUGACGUUGCUUCCUCCCUGAGCCUGUCCUAUGAGCAGCAGCUGCUGGCAGCUCAGCCCCCAGCCUGCAGGGGCCGGCCUGGCUGUCCUUCUCAGCCAGCUGGCAAGGGGUUUGCGUGAGGGCACGCUCCGGAGAAUCCCUCCGUACGAACCAGGAAGAGCCGGUCGAAAGCAAAGCCUCUUCCCUGCACUUGCUGCUUGUACGCAGGGAUUUUCAUAUUGCUCCUGAGUAGUCGCAUGGUACUUCAGCAACGGGAAUAUUACAGGCCAGGCACUGACGGCUGUCCUCCGUGGGGCCCGGGCUGGAGGGAAUCACUCCAAGGUGUCUGUCCCCUUCCGCUGACUGGCCCUUGGCUGCUGGAGCGCCUCCCCGUGCAGCCCCCUCUCACUUCCAGGGCGCUCGGUCAGCUGCCGCGCUUCCUGGAUUGCCCUUUGGCCAGGUCUGUGUGCUGGCUGGCCUCCACUGGCCAUCGUGCUGCUGGGCUGGGCUGGGCCGGGAUCUUCUCUUCCCCUGCAGCCAGCCUGGGGGUGCCGAGGCCACUUCUGGAAUAUGACCUGCGGCCCUCUCUCUGGCUCCAGUUGUUGCCCACACUUUUCCCCCGUGCCUUUUUAUGCAGUUGUGACUUGCGGCAGCUGUUAGAAAGGCCGGGCCCUUGGCAAAGGAGGGCUCCAUGAAGAGACAGGGCAUGCCCAGUUGUGCCCUGGUCUAAACUUCCUUGUAGAUCCUGGUGCGUUCCUCAUCCCUGUAUGACUCUUCGCCCCACAAAUACGUUGCUACGCCAGCAAGGCUCUGCCGCUUUGCGUGUGUCGGCCAGACAGCUGCGCUCAGGCCCAGAGUGCUCCGUGCAGUGUGCUCGUGUCUUCAUUGUGCAGAAACGAUGCUUGUGUUUGAACUGAAGUCCUCAGCCAGCACCUGCGUUCAUUCCAGGCGAGUGCCGACCUUGAUGUGCGUUGGACCCCAGUGGGGAAUGAUACAUGAAUAAACCUAAGACAGGCCUCUGAACAAAUGGA